UCGCAGGCAGGGUGCAACGUGUUAAACGAAGAAAUUUAUCUGAAAUACGUAUCGUAGGAUUUUGAAAAUGAACCGCGAUGGUUUGAUAUUGACAAGAUAAGAUUGAUAAGCUAGUAGAAAGUUGAAAAUACGCCAUCUAGCGUUUCAGCGAAGCUAGAGUUGGAAGUUGAGGAGGAGGAGGAGGAGGAGGAGAAGGAGGAGAUGGGGCAGGAGGGUGCCGUAUUCCCCUAAAACGGCAAGAAUUCGAGGACUCUGUUUAACAUGUCUCGACUAGAUCGAGAAGAGGGAAGGGAGAGGGAACGUAGUCCGAGCAGCGUCGCAAUUUGUAUCGGUGCUGGUGUAAUUGCGCGUCGUGAAUCGUGCUCGAGCGUUCCUUUGGAUUUCUCUCGCGCGCUCUUAAACAGGACUAGCGCGCGCGUGCUCCGAGGUGCAGCGCAUCGCGCAUACUACCCUUCUUUUCGUUUAUUCCUGCUGCUUAUAGUGGUGGUUUUAUGCGAGGUGGACGAUUCCUAGUUCUCGGCCGCAACAGGUACGUUUGAGGAAUAGCGGCAGACCGGGCGAAGAAAGACGAGGAGAGAGAGCCGCCAGGGUCGGGUGGUGUCGAGGUCGGUCGGAGGGAGUGAAGAUACUCGAUCGAAGGUGAUCCGAUGAACGGUGAAGAUUAACGUUAUCAGGUUUUGCUAAUUAUGUUUGCAAAGUCGAAAAGCAGUGGCUCCAUGCCGAGCGUCCUUUUGUCGAAUCCCCUUCAACAUUUAUACGACGUUGGGAAACAAUCGGCCACCGCAGGUCCCGAGAACGCUUGGCGCAUAUACGAUGGUCGCACGAAAGCGGAUGGUAAGGCAGUAUCGAUAUUUUUGUUCGACAAAAGAUCGGUCGAAAAGGUUUACAAACCAAAGCGAAAGGAAGCAGUGACGGAAAUUUUACGAAACGGCGUACGACAAAUGGAACAUUUUUCUCAUCCGAAAAUACUUCAGGCGUACAAAGUCGAAGAGUGCGCGGAUAGUCUGGCUUUCGCCUCGGAGCCGGUUUUGGCAAGCCUCGCGAACGUUUUGGCUUACCAGGAGCAACAAGCGAACAGUCCUGGUGGUCAGUCGGCGAGCAGUCUAACGAAACAAAAUUCUUCAACGACCAGUCAUCGUACCGUUUACGCAAAAGAAUACAAAUUGCUCGAUAUUGAAAUCAAAUACGGGCUUCUUCAGAUCACCGAGGCGCUGUUGUUUCUUCACGGUGUGUACAAAAUCCUUCAUCGAAACAUAUGCCCUGCGAGCAUUAUAAUUACCAAAAGAGGCACUUGGAAAUUGUCUGGUCUGGAAUUUAUCGAAAAGGCCAACGAUCUACCGAUACCGUUGCAACCGUGGACAAACCGCGUGCCGAAAAUGACGCAGCCGAAUCUGAAUUACAUAGCCCCGGAAGUGCAGCAAAAGAAACUGGGAAGUUUCUACAGCGAUAUGUACAGUUUCGGUAUGACUAUAUGUGCGAUUUUCAACCAAGGACGGCCACUGAUACAAGCGAAUCAUAGUUGUUCCGAGUAUCUGAAGCAAAUAGAGAACCUCAAGGAACAAGUCUCCGCGAUAUUACCCUUGAUUCCGCUUCCACUCCAAGAAGCCGUGACUCGUCUGUUACUGGUCGAGCCGGAGCAAAGGCCAACCGCUCAAGUCUUAUCGAUGAUUAAAUAUUUUCAGGACCCACCGGUACAUGCUCUUCAGUUUCUUGACUUGAGCAAGAUGAAAGACGUGGCGCAGAAAGAGCAUUUUUACAGGACCACUCUGAUGGAAAUAUUGCCUUAUACGCCAAAGAAAUUAUGGUACCAACACGUGUGGACGUAUCUGCAAAGCGAGUUGGAAGGACAAGAAGUUCAAUCGGCCGUACUAUUGCCGGUGCUUUAUAUCGUGCAGAACAGUACGCAAGAGGAAUACGACGAGAUCGUGUUUCCAUCGUUGCGGUUGCUCUUCGCGAAUCGCAAAACGAUCCAAGGAACGGUUACUUUGUUGGAAAAAUUGCAUUUGAUAUUGAAAAAAACUCCUCGGGAAUACGUGAGGACGGAAGUGCUGCCGAUGUUGUACAUGUCGUUCGAGAGUUCAAACAAUCAGGUACAGACAGCAUCGUUCGUAGCUGUGUCAAACGUGACCGAUUACAUCGACGACGAAGCCGUUCGAAACAUUAUACUGCCGAAAUUGCUACAAGCGUUUGAAAAGAAUUCGGUAGACUGUCGGAUACUUAUGAACGUAAUUCCCUGCAUCAUAAACCGACUAGAAAAGCAAAAGGUCAUUGAUUGUAUUUUACCGAUGUUGUUUAACGUGAAGCUUCAAGAACCGGAGGUGGUCGUACAAGUUGUGAAAAUUUACAGAUUAAUGCUGACCGAUAAAAAGUACGGGCUUUCGGUAAGCUGGAUGGCUACACGGGCAAUGCCCUCGUUAUUACCGCAAACGAUCAACCCUGCGCUGAAUCUCGAGCAAUUCGAGCUACUUUUGAAAGUUUUGCAGGAUAUGCUCGGUAACAUCGAGAGAAAUCAAAGAAAUCAUUUGACGUUGGACAAUUUAUCGUUGUCGAGCUUCGAGAAACAUCAUCGAAACUUACGACAUCAGUAUAGUACGGAUAAUAUGCACGCACCAUCGUUCAAUAUACCAAAUCUGCUGAUCGAUCAGCGUAAAACAUCUUCCGCCGAGGAUAUGGCUAGGAAAAAUAGCAUCGAUAUGAUAUCGAUGACAGCUUCGGCCGAAAACAUGACGAGAAAAAACUCGAUGACGGCCAUGUUCCGUUGGUUAUCGUCAUCGAACGACAACAACUUUCUGAAAGUGGCCAACACCUUUACAAGCAGACGGUUAUCCGAUAAUACUCUGAUGACACCAAAGAUACGCGUACCACCGUCGUGCGCAAGCUCACCGGGCGGCACACCCGGUGGUGGACUACCGAUUCGACGUCACUCGAGCACUGGUUCGCAAGAUCGUCGCGCAUCCAGCAUUAAUUUAUCGCCUCCCACGGGCGGAGGAAUGCCGAUUACCAGUAGCAGCGUCCCAUACUUGCUCAGCUCGAGUUUGAACAGUAUACGCAACACGAGACGGCCGUCCGUCUCUUCCACGUCCUCCCAGCAAGGUUCCGGACUGCUGCAACAGGUUGGAUCCAGCAUGGUAAGACAACAACCCCCAAUCUGCCUCAACCUCAAUGGACCACCAUCACAACCACCAACACUUUCUCCAUUACUCCAGCUACCGGGACAGCCUUCCCACUGACCCUCCGUUAAAGCUGCCAGUUUCUCAGCAAACAGUUUGACGCUAGAACCAUGACCCCACGACGCUAAACCUCCAUACGAAAUUCAAGAUACUACCGAAGGUGUAACCGUCUUUGAAACACUGUUUUAUGUAUUACACGAAUACUUUCUAUCGUUGGAUAACACAAAGAGCCUAAACAUUCAUCGAUACGAAACGUCCGAACGAGUAUACAAGUUUGUCUUCUUGUUUGGAAAUUGAACGUUGCUAGGUAUUCGAAAGUGGCCUAACUUGGAUCGUAGAUCGUACCACGUCCCCGCAACGAUUACCUAUCGAUGCGUUUAUCGAACAAUAUCGGUCUUUGUCGUGUACAGGUAUUCGCGUUUCCUUUCGAAAACGUUUCCUUGUUUUUUUUUUCUCGGUGACACGGUGAAUGAUUAUUUCGAUCGAAACGGCGGCAAAGUAAUCCAACGUCUCGUUUUACUUUCCGAUUACUCGAUAUCUUGUAAUUAUCUGUUGGGUCGAUCGAGAAUGAUAACGGUAGAAAGGAAAAGCAUGAAAGAAUGGAUGAUAAUCGAGGAUUCUUCGCCCUGACAAUACUCUUUAUUUAGUGGAAAGUGAAGGUAGCGAUAGAUAGAUGGAAGAAUCGAAAGGCGAAAUAAGAGAAAAACUGAGGAGAAAAAGUAGAAUGUUUAAAAAGGCUUGAAAAAUAUUGCGUUCGAUCCGUGUUGGAAAAAAUACUGCAUUCGACGUACACCAUUAAGAUUUUCAAUCGGUUAUUUCGAAACGAAUAAACGUAGAACGCGCGAGACACGAUGUAGGAGUAGAAACGGAUGUAGGAGUAACAGAGCUAUGAAGCGAGCGAAAAGAGGAGAAAUUAACGAGUGGUCUGUGUUAGAAAACGAGUACUAAAAACGAGAUGUUGGGAAGAUGUUCGGAAAAUGUUCUGCAUGCACACAUACAUAUCAAAUGUACGGAAUCGUACGCGCGAUAACUUAAGUAUCUACGUACAUACAUAUACCUGGCAGCAGUUGCACUCUUUGAUCGAUUUAGAAAAUUUUUUGAAACUCGACAUAUAUGUAUAUUGUAUACAUAUGUAUAUGUACGUAUCAAUAGAAUAAAUAUUUUAAGUACACGCGCACUCGCGCUUACGCGCAUAUACAUAUAGAAUCCGUCUUACGUGCGUUUAUGUUUUUUACCCGUUAAAAGGGCUAGAGAGGAGUUAGGAUAUUGUACAUGUAUGGAAAGAAAAAAAGAAAAGAAGGAACGAGUAUGCGUUGGUAAAUCUCAGUGCGAUCUUAUUCGGUGGCAUUGCCACGAAUAAUAUUUUGAUAAUAUACAUAUAUGUAUAUAUUUAAUAUCCUCUACGCACGCUGGACGGGACAGUAUAUCGUAUCACUUACAUACAGUUGGAUGGGUCAAAGCGUAAAAAGUAGAAACGAUCGGUGGAAUCGUUACUUUACAAGUACGCGACCUUACGAGGUUAAGCGUUGUUAAGGUUCGCGCGGAACGAUCAUCGAUCGGUUCUCUGUAAUCGCGAUCGUAAACGAAUGCGCGUUGUCGAAUUGCGGACAAUUCUGGACAAUCGCGGGCAAUCGUGGACAAUCACGGACAAUCGCGGACAAUCGUGGACAAUCGUGGACAAUCGUGGACAAUCGUGGACAAUCGUGGACAAUCGUGGACAAUCAUUGAACUUUGACGAGUGUUGGCGAACGGUCGAUUCGAGUCGGAAAGACGACGAUUGAAUUUUCUGCUCUCGUAUUCCUAAACUGUUAGUUAUUUUUUUUUUUUUUUGUGAAAAGAGAACAGGAAAGCUCGUAACGCCGAAACGUCGCGUCGCGCGUCACUCGUCGUUCACUUUCUCUCGUGGUCUGUUUGCGCAUAUCGCCAACAGAAGAUGACAAUCAUUCUCUCGAAGCGUCGAAAUGGAUGUUUGAGAAAACAAUAGCUUCUAUAAUAAGUACCUGCUAGAUAAUAAUUUUCUGUACAGGGCACUCGAUGAUCCAUUAAACCAUCAUUCCUUUCGAACGAACGAUCCUCUAUACCAAAUGAUCUAAACUUUGAUCUCGUGUUGCUUCUGUUUACGAAUGUUUCAUUUUCGAGAAAAGAAUUUGGUUCGAUCUUUGGUCUUCGAUAGCCUAACUUUUCAAACGGUUUUUUUUCAACGAAACUGGUUCAUCGAGUGUAUUACUCCUGUCAAUUGCACGUGCAUAUGUGUAUGUGUCGUAACCUUGGUUCAUAAUACCAGAAACAUGGUUACACGGUGUCGUCGUCGUCGUCGUCGUCGUCGUCGUCGUCGUCGUCAUUCCAGUUACCUACUAUCGUUGUUAUAUUCUAUACUUUCGUGUGCAUAGAUAUAUCGUCGAUAAAUAAUGUGCUCAAUAGAAUUUGUGUGAAGAAUAUGUGUUCAAUACGGAAAAAAUGGAAUUUAUUCCUACGAUAUUGUUAGCACAUAGACGAGAUACAAUAAACAUUCCCUUCCCAGUUACAGUAUUAUUCGAUCUUAUCGGUAUAAAUGUAUAUUUCGUGUAUUUCUUUCCGAGAAUAUAAUAAAGA